AAUUGUUGGUGGUUGUACGCACACGCCUGCGGAAACAUGGCUCAAAAUCCAUAUUAUUUGUUAAAUUUUAGUUACUCAUUAACUAAACGGUGCUGUAAUUAUUGAUAAUUGAAUUUGGUUAAAAGUGUGACUAAAGAUGUUUGGAAGCAAACUCCGAUCAUGGAUGGAAGCAGUGAGACCUCGCAAAAAACAACACCGAAAAGAAAAACAAACUAAAGCAAAUUUAAAUCCUAACACAGUUUCCUCUAACUGGCAAAACGGAAACAGUUGUGGGUCUUCCCAAGAUGAUCUGGAUGACAGGAAAGGGAAUACUAAUCGGAAAAUAACAAAUGGGGUUUUAUCUGAAAAUGGUCAAGCGAGUCAAGCACCUGCGACGCGAUACUCUGCUAAUAAUCUCUCUUCUCCCGAAUCGGCAUACUCGACUGGAUACUCUACGGAUGGAACUUCGCCAGGUGCUCCACCAGACUACUACAUCAAUAUCCGAACAGGUGUCAAAUAUUUUCCAUCAGAGGGUGAGCGCUACAACCACGAGAACCACUUAAAACAUGUGCAGCAACAUCGGGUACCCAAUGGUACCGAUUUGGCUUUGCGAACCAAGCCUCCAACUUCUUCCACUUGUCUGUCGCCACCCAUCCACAGCAAUCGCAGGCCCAUCAUGCAGUCGCAAGAGGUGGCCGUUCAGUCACAUACAGCUCCAGCAUUCCAGUGUAACACCCCGGUUACAUCAUCCAGAUUAAGCGAAGUUGUUGCUAGCCCGGUUCUUACAUCCCCGAGACAGCGCAACCGGAUUAGGACAAAUCCCUGGGUUCCGGGAAGUACGCUAAGUCCGGGACAAAUUAGACAAGAAAUGCCGAAAAUUACAACGGCGGUGAAUGUGACUGACAGCCCAAUUUCUAGAAGGUUCCUGAGUCCGUCAACUUUGCGCGGACCGAGUUUGCGAAACCAGUCACUAUCCUCAUCUUCCUGUUCCUCUCUAAGCGGGGCAAGUAUUCAUUGGGAUGCGAAGAAACCAUCUGCAAGUGACGAAGAUGACUGUACUCUCAACGAAAUGAUGGGAAAAUACGACGAGAGUUACGUUUACGAAAAAGAAAAUGAUAUUCUUAGUGAUAGCGAUCCGACUGAUUGUGAUACCGACAUUGACACCGGACAAGACGGUGGAGAUGAAGACGAACCAAUUGAUGGAGAAUUUGAUUUCAUAGAUAACGGCUCAUACUUGGAACUGGAUCCUCGGGAAGAUCGUAACACUGGACAUUGUACUUAUUACAACUUUGAAGUCCAGAGAAAAGCCUCUCGGAGACGUACAACUCGCCGUAGUAAACAAUGCAGUGAGAAACGGCGCCGAUCAAGCUCUAACAAAAAAAGACACAAGCAAAUUGAGCGUGUAAAUAUUCAGCCGAACGGCUCUAAAAGUGCGGGUGCUACUCCCUUGUCCGUCCGUCGAACCAAGCACCAUCCAAUGUCGAAAUUGGCCCUCGACGAUUGCCUCAAAAAACGGUCUAAUUCCAUUAGUUUCUCUCGCGACGAUCCCUUCUCGACAAUUGAUAAACGGGAUAAAGAGGCCGAUCAAAAAUAUCGCGAAUUGAUAGUCGAGGCCGAACACAUCUUACGCAGCAUGAAGACAAAUGGCCUUUCCCCUCGGCGAGUCCCAGGCCCCGCCAAUAAACGCGUCGAAAUCCUGCGAAGCGCUGAAUGUGCCAAACCGGAAUUAUUCAUGAAAAAUAGACUGAUCGAAGAGCCUGGUCCACCGUUUACAAAAAUACCGUCCAGUAAUUUUAAUUGUUCCAGAUUUAGUCCUAAGCGAAACCACAUUACUAAUUUUAUGAUCAGCAAUUCGCCCGCUUUAAUGAGGCGAGACAUGGAGUUGCCGACUUCCCCUCUGGCCAAAAGACCGGACUCGCCGAAAUUGCGAGCGAACAGGCGCAGUCCUAAGUACAGGAAAAAGUCGAAUAAGGUCAAAGUGCAGGAAUGCCCCACGAGCAGUGAUUCCGACGGGGAAGGGAAGGUUAACGAUGCCGGUCACGGAAACCAGACAGAUUCCGUGGGUUUCGGAUGUCCUCAGAGUGAGCCGGUGAGAAGGAAAGUGUACUCAGGACGGGGGAAAACUGUUGCGUUCAAUCUUAAUUACGAGAAUAUUUAUAAUAAUUCGCCGCCCUACUCACCCACUAGAUUUGAGGCGCAGGAGUAUAAGAGUAGCGCGGAAAAUUUGAGACAGCAGGUUUUAAUGAACACCAUUGCCAAUCUGAAGAAAAGUCUUGAAGAUCAAUCUGCUUCUUUGAAACAGGUGUACCGAAGUUCCCAUAAUAUACAACUCUAAGUUACAGCGUAUACAAAUAAAUUUAUAAUUUUAUACCGUGGAUGUUGAAGAAAAACACCAGUAGAGUAGGCAGGUUUUAUUGAUUUCCCUUUCGUAUAAGCUCCAAUGUUGUUUAGUUUUUAUUAGUCUACUGUUAUUACAAAUUAACCCAAAUGUAGUCGUUUAAAUAUUUAAGCAGACGUAUAAUUAUUGGUAGAAUUUUUUUCAGAUGAAGUAGGUUUUUCGGUUUGAUGUAGCGACAAUAGUAGAAAUUAGUUGACGUAGUGGAAUAAUUGUAGGGUAACUUGUCGGCCCACUUCUCCUAAUCCUUAAUUGAAAUAAGUCAAAAAUAAAUUUGUUUACGCUCAUACAAAACCUAUUGAUUUUCAAAGUUAUAAAAACAUUGAGUAACCUAUUGUCAUUUUAAGUGGGCCGCAAUCAAUUAUGUAACAAUAUUUGAUAGAAAAAUGUAGUACAAUUUAGUAUAAUUUCAAUGUGGUAUUUGGAUCGGACUAAUAAUCUGUUAAUAACGUCUUUGAUUAUGUUGAAGCAAAUACGGCCUUGUUAUUUUUGACUUUAAUUUUAGAUAUAGUUGAAUUAUGACAGUAAGUGUUAAUUUGUUAUUUCCUAAAAAAAGGAAAUGUUAUUUUGAAAAAAAUAACACUAAAAUCGAGUUUAACUGACUGAAGGGUACUCCAAGACAGAAAUGGAGAUUUCACGCAUUCCCUGUUAAAACUGUGCUAUAUUUUUAAUAGGUAUAUGUAUUUUUAUAGGCACUAAUACAAAUACGUAACCGCCUAUAUGUAUACUUUCAAAUCACAGUCGUUAUUUGAAAUGUGCCUGGUUUAACUUUCGAUUUCAACUUCACAGCUAAGCUAUCACUGUAUUCAUGUUGUGAUUCCUGAAUUGUUAAAUUUUUCAAAUGUUCAUCUGUAAAUAUAA